CAAAACAAACAACAACAACAUGUAAACGCUAUAAAUAAUAAGAUUGUGAAAUCGUCGCUUAAAUAUAUUGACAUAUUUGUAUACAAGAACCAAUAUGACGGUCGGCUGGAGAACAUUGAAUGUUGGAGAGCAGGCACUGGUGUAUAAUCAUGAAGGGCAAGCAAGAAUUGAAGAUGGUCCGAAAAGGCUGUUUUUGUUUCGUGAGCGUAUGACGGUACUACAGAGGUACACCGCCAAUCAGAAUGAGUACUUGGUUGUCAAACAUAGAGACGGUCAGAUAGAGCAUAAGCAUGGACCAUGUGUUAUGUUUCUGAACACACUUGCAUACAAAAGCAUAACCAAGCAAGACAUGAUUUCAUUGGAUGCUAAUGAAGCCUUGGUAGUGUACAGCCAGGACGCGUCAACCAAUAAGGUGAAGCGUUACAUCAAGUAUGGACCCACAAUGUUUAUGCCAAUGGCCCAUGAAUGGCUACACAAAUUCUCAUGGCACGGCACAGACCCUGACAACAAGACUCGACUUAAUCCAAACCAGAAUAAAUUUGAACGUCUACAGAUCAUACCGGAUCAGUUCUACUAUAAUGUGGACGAGGUACGGACCGCUGAUGACGCCCUUAUCAGAGUGAAGCUCAUGAUCUUCUACGAGCUUACUGACAUUGACCUCAUGCUAGAAGCCACUAAAGAUCCUAUUGCAGAUUUUGUAAAUUGUGUGUGUGCAGACACUGUCGCCUUUGCUGCUAAAAAUACGUACAUAGAGUUUAUAGAGAACUCUGGUCAGCUGAACAACCUGUCCAGCUUCCCUCAGCUCACGGAGAGGGCCAAGUCCAUUGGCUAUAACGUCUCCAAGGUUGUAUUCCGGGGGUACUUUGCCCAUGAGAAACUACAGAAGCUACAUGACGGGGCCAUUGAAGUGCGGACCAGACUCAAGAUGGCGUAUGAAUCAGAAGAGCAGGAACAGAAGAUGACUGACCUGAAGCUGAAAAAUGAGAAAGAUCGCAUCGACCUUGAGCAAAAGAUAGCCUUAGAAGAGUUGGUUCACAAGCAGGAGAUGGAGCUGUCCGGCAUGAAACACAAGUUGGAACUGGAGUUGAAGGAAGAGGAACAGAAGAGGAAGAAAUGGGAGGCAGUGAAACUUGGGGAGCUCCAGGGUCUAAAGCUCACUGAUGCUCAGCGUAUGGACUACAUGAAGAACCUGCAUGGUCUAGGGGUGGACCUCAACCAGUAUGUACAGGCCAUGGCAGCACGGCCUGAGAAAAUCACACGCAUUGUGGCGGCAGAGAACACUGCAAAUCUGCACCUGCAUCAGUAGUGUGCAGCCGAGUCAAAUCUGAUACUAAACCAAUUUAGUAACCAGUAGCAGCCACAAUUAGGGGACAAUUGCUGAUGGCGGUUGCAGUUUAAAAGAAACAAAUCAACAAAUUUGGCUGAAGAAAAUUGAAUUCAGCUGCAUUUUUGACGAUGCUGGAACAGCAGCGUCCAAGGUUUGAUAACCAGUAAAAAAAUUCUUCACAGUGGCGACCUUUGUAAAAGACCGAGCCAGUCCGAUUGAGAUAACUCGAUUUUUCAGUAACUUCCCUUGGCAUUCGCCACUGCGUAGGAGAUUGCUCGUUGAUUUUCAUUGAUAACAUUCUCCUAGCAGAGUUGUCGUUCGUGUUGAUAAAGGUAAAUAUUAAUAGAACAGCAUAUCCUGGGGAAACAGAUUCAAUAAGUGUAUCAGAACGUUAAUUUCAAAUUAGUAAUUUUACAUCCAUUUUAUUUUUAUGGACCAAUGAAACAACUAUAUAUUUUCUCUUUUUUGUUUGAUAUUUGUUUUCGAUUUAGUAAAUAAAUUACGAAUAAAAACAUGUAAAAUUAACUUUUUACGUGAUCACAAAACUAAAGAAUGCGAACGAUUUCGAACCUGCAAAUUGUAAACGCUGCACUGCUAUGAUAUAUAUAGAUAAAACAACAUUUUUUUGCGUAAUUGUCCGUCCCGCUAGCGCAGUGGUAAGGACGAUCGCUUUUUCACCUUUACGACACCGGUUUGAUUCCCGCUCCCGGCGCAAUGUUAUAUUUUGUCUGUUUUGUGGUCACCAUUCCGGACAGGUGUUUUUUCCCGGAUAAUCUCAUCCCCCCCGCAGCAUUUGACCAUAUAAAAAAUUAAAAAAGUAUUUCAGUACAAAACAAAUAGCUGGAAAUUGCAGCUAUCAUUCAAAAUUCGUCCCUACUGUCGUCAAUCUAAUCUUAUUAGGAAGGAGUGCUGGACACACUCCGGGUCCCAACAUUAUGCAGCCUCAGCGCGGAGGUAACUCAUUACCUUGGAAAAACACAAAUACACACACUGGGUGCAGCCUAGGCGCGUAUAGACUCAAACAAGGCAACAAACUCAAGUGCGGGCACAAUCAUUUAAAAUUAACAUAUAGAAUACGAUAUUCUAACAGAAAUUACACAACCACCUAAGUGUACAUACCAUGUUUGAUUGUUUGAUAUUUCGUUCGAUUGUUAGAUUUCAGCAUAUACAUGUAUAAGGUCAUUUCGCUAUUAGUUAACUUAUCCAUAUGUUCGUGGGCGAACUCGGAUAGUCAAGUGCUCAUACGAUUGAGCUCACAUGUUCCGGCUAUGUGCUCAUACCUACUUUCGAGAAUCAUCAUGAAGGUAUUGCCAUACUUAAUGAACAAGAAUGUGACCCGCCUCCCAGUUUCGCUCAAUGGGUCAAGUUACCCACGGGUACUACUUCCCCGUACCCCUAAACUUUUUUUCGUACCAAAAAUGUUUCGUACGCAAAAUUUUUUCGUACCAAAUUUUUUUUCGUACCCAAAAUUUUCGUACCCAAAUUUUUUAUCGUACCCAAAUUUUCGUAUCAACAUACACAAUUGUGGUGAUAUAGAUAAACUUAAAUUGAUGUUUUAUAUCCAUCCUCUUCAAAAGCAUCGUCACACCAGUACUGCCAGUACUUUGAUUUUAAAAGUCUUUAAUGUCUAUUCAAUAUGCAAAGAAAAUCAAAAAUUUACAAUGUGAGGAAAAUUGGUUUAAUAAAAUUAUUCAACAGCGAGACCCCAGAGUAACCAUUUUACACUUCAAAGUAUAUUUCUAAAUUGCAUCAAAGUUUUUUGUUUGUAUCCAAAGCUUCUUUUACUUGAACUUUGUAAUGGGUAAAUCUUGAAUUUAAUUAAAUAUUUACUAUAUUACCCUUUUUAAGCAUAAACUAAUGAGGUAGAUAGAACAAAAGUGAGCUGAAAUUGUCCCUUAAGUGAAGGGCCAAUUUAAGUUGGGUUAGGUACUUACAUUUAUGGGACAUUUGUCACUGCAUCUUUUAGCCUAAUAACAAAGUGGCCAUACAUGCCAUAAUUUUUCAGACCUAUUCCGGGACAUUGAGUUAAAUUGUUCCGGACUUUUGCCAAUUCUCUGGGACAUGUAAUAAAAUGAAGCGAUAUUUAUAGACAUAUGCAUUUUUGGUACGUUUUUUUGUUUCGCAUGGUUAAUUGCAAAAGUUCGAAAGCCACUUUAAGUGGCGCUUUCUUAGAAUUAGUUCAGUAUAGAUAAACAGCUUCCUUUGCCAAUAUUUUCACAACAAAUUAUUCAAUGUAUGUAUUAUUGUUUUUGUUAUUCAUUAUUAUUAUUAUCAUUAUUAUUGAAAUUAAUAAUAAAUGUGUCUUCUUAAUAAAUUGUAUUGGUGUUUUGUAUAAAAAAAAUGCUUUUGAACAAUGAUGUUAUUUUUUAACAUAAUGUAUUUUGACUCUUAUUUGUAUAUCCGUGCAAUUUGUUAAUAGCUGUGUGUUUACAAUUUCUGACUACAAGUUAUUUACUUUUUCCUGCAAUUAAUAGUAUCAUAGUGUUUAAUGUUUUUAUCAAUUUUGCUACAUGUCUGCUGACUUCUGUGCAAUAUUUAAUGCCCCUUAAGGGAGGCAUAUAGAUCGCAUUUUCUUUCCUGUCCAUCUGUCCUUUUUAGCCAUCAGUCUGUCCCACUUUUUUGUGUGGAGCAUAACUAGGGAAGUGUUGUAAGGAUUCUAAUGAAACUUCGUAUAAUUAUGCAGGAAGUGCAGAAUACAAGAACUAUAACACUGUCAUGUGGAUUUAACCCAUUUAUUCCUAGUGGACUCUCCCAUCCUUCUAAAUUGGAUCGAUUUAUUUCCAAAAUUAGGGAUGUCUAGUAUAUUUAUUUCUAUAUUAAGAGUAUUUCUUACAGAAAUUCCUUAACCCUUUCCCUGAUAGACCUCUUAUCUGAUCUGCCACUCCAGGCCAAUACCAGUCCUGCUGUUCUGAUAACAGUGACUCCAUAUACAGCUGAUAAGCCUGACUACACCAUCUCAAUAGGGUUAUUGGGAAAAUAAUGGAAACAUUCUCAACUGUUACACCUGUCUUGUUUAGGCUUAAUUUUCACUUAGUUUCUUGCAUUUCACAUCAUUUGUGUCAAUGUAAAUAUUGUAGAGAAAUAAAUUCUCAUUCCAACCAUAUAAAUUUUAAGUCUGUAUUCUAAUAAAUAAUACGAGGAUAUAAGUUAUAACAAGUAAUACAAGCGUAUGCGAAUGCAACAAGAAAUGCAGUGAGAACCCCCACCUUAAAAUAUUGAAUUGUAACAUUAGGCGAUUAAUCUUUUGAUUUGUCUGCAUUUUGUUUUUAUUUCAGACUCCAUGCAGUUUUCAGAUCAUAAUCUCUGUGCUUUAUUACCCGAACUCGUUAGUUUCUGGACACGUGUGCUACUGAAAAAAGCCACCGGGAUUGCGUUUUAUGGCCUAAACAAGUCCAAAGUGUCUAGUAUCCCGUGUGUUUUAUCCCUAAAUGUUAGAUAAGCACGUGCAUUAUUGAUUAUUAUGUUGGUCAGUACAAAAGACCUACUGAAAACCGCCGACUGCAUCUUUGUUUUAUUGCUCAAUCAAGCAGCGAUAAUCCAAUAUCCUGUGUACUACAAAAACACCAACUUUAGAUUAGCACGUGUCGUCUGUCAAAACCAUGAUUUUAUAUGUCAGUAAAUAUAUCGAAGUAAUUCUCGUAAAUGAUCUCGGAAACGGGACUUGCUUUACACAUUUAUCAUUACGAUAUUAAUUUUCAUAAGAUAAGGAUUUCAUUAUGAGAACCAAACAAACAUACACAGACAACAUAAAAUAUAAAUAAUUAUGACAAAUUAAAUGGAAAAAAAACGUUGGUCUAUUUUCGAAAAAUCACUUUUACUUUCUCCCAAUUUCCAGAAAAUGACUUGUACAUAUUGCAUUAAGUCUAAAUAUAGACGACGCUGUUAAUUGGUCGUUGUAAAAGAAUAUUCAUGAACUGUACACGGCACUUUGCGUGCAAUCAGAUACAGUACAAUAAUUGUUGCAAUAUUGAAGGAACUAAAAUAUGAAAAUGA